GUGUGCGCAGUCUGUCUGGGGAGCCACAGCCACAGCUUCGUCGAGUGCAUUGCCGAACGACUAUGGGACAACAAGUUCCAAACCGUUACCACCCGUACGAACAGAUCACUUACCCUGCGCGGAUCCGACAAGCCUCUGUGUGUCGACUGGCAGCGCACUCGAGGCUGUGGCAGCUGGGUGCACGACGAGCGACACAUCUGCUCGGGUUGUCUGGCCACAUCUCAUGGGGCCCAGAACUGCUCUCGAGCACAGACGUCUUCAUCCAGUCUCCCCGUAUAA